AUGCGCUCCCCCCGCAUUUCUGUGUGUGGGUUUCUGUGGGUCUGGCUGCCUCUCUUCUACACCCGGUCUGUGAAAAUUGACAAGGUCAUUGCUGAUACUAAAAGUCUCACCAAGACAAUAGUUGCCAGGAUCCAGGAGCAUCAGUUCCCUCCCCUGAGCCUGAAGAUCCAUGGGCUGGACUUCAUUCCCGGAGAACUGCCUGUGCAAAGCCUGGAGGCCAUGGACGACGCCCUGGAGCUCUUCCACGGAGUUCUCUCCAGCCUCCCCUUGGAGGCGCCUGUGGCGCAGAUCUCCCAUGAUGUGGAGAACCUGCAGAGCCUCCUGCAGUUGCUGGGGUCGCACCUGGGCUGCCCUCCCCACAGACCUGCCCGGUCAGAUGCCCUGCAGAACCUGACCGAGCGUCUUGCCGUCUCUCCUUACACUGCAGCAGUGGUGACCCUGGACCGGCUCCAGAAGUGCCUGCAGAGCAUCACCAAGCAUCUGGAUCAUGUUCACAACUGCUAG